UCAGCAGCAAGAGAGCAUAGUGGUUUUCUUCUCCUAGUGUGUCUCUCUCUCUCUCUCUCUCUCUUUCUUCUUCGUUGAAACUACAAAUACCAGACCAAGAAAAAGAGCUCUGUAUUCUUUUUAAAUUUUUCUGUUUAUUCUUUCUCUUUAAGGAAAAUGGAAAACCUGAAUAUGGCGUUACUCUCAUCCUCAUCUUCUUCUUCUCCAAAAUUGGUUAUAGGUUAUCCUACCUCUCCGAAAAACCCUAUGGUUACUCGGCAAGUCUCCAAAACCAAAGCCCUUCCCUUCCAUCUUAGAAAUUACAGGAUUGUCCCUCGAAAUUCCAGAACUUUCAUCUCUGCCCUCACCCACUCUCAUACUUCCGGUGGCAGGCCUUCAAGAGUUUCGCAAAUUAGGAGAUUAGGUACUGAACAUUUUGCGAGUAUUUCUUCAUCGAAUGGUCAGCAAACUUCUUCAGUUGGGUUUAGCCCACAACCAGUGCCACCUCCUUCUUCGCAAUUUGGUUCACCUCUGUUUUGGGUUGGAAUUGGUGUUGGGUUAUCGGCAUUAUUUUCAUGGGCGGCUUCCAAUUUAAAGAAAUAUGCCAUGCAACAAGCUUUCAAAACUAUGAUGAAUCAGAUGAAUACACCAAAUAAUCAAUUCAAUACUCCUGGCUUUUCUCCGGGCUCCCCCUUUCCAUUCCCAACAACUCCAACAUCAGGGCCCAUUAGCUCACCGCCAUUUCCAACACCAUCUACAGCUGGACCUGCUUCCACCACUUCAUAUCCAACAUCAUCAGCAUCAAUGGGUGUUUCCUCCUCUUCUCCAGUUGCUUCUCGACCUGGAAUUACUGUAGAUAUUCCUGCAACAAAAGUAGAAGCAUCUCCAACGACUGAUGCCCGAGAUGAAACAGAGAUAAAGAAGGAACCUAAGAAAUAUGCUUUUGUAGAUGUCUCUCCUGAAGAAACCUUGCCAAAGAGUCCUUUUAGCAGCAAUGAAGAUAUUUCAGAAAGAAGCUCAUCCAAGGAGGCUCAGUUUGCCCAAGAAGUUUUUCAAAAUGGAGCUGCUCCUAACCAGGGUCCUAGUGAUACUGGGAGUUCUCAAUUUACACGAAAAGCGGGCUCUGGCUUAUCUGUCGAAGCUUUGGAGAAAAUGAUGGAUGAUCCAACUGUGCAGAAGAUGGUUUAUCCAUAUUUACCUGAGGAGAUGAGGAACCCUUCAACUUUCAAAUGGAUGCUUCAAAAUCCACAAUACCGUCAACAACUGGAAGAAAUGCUAAAUAAUAUGGGUGGAAGCGGUGAAUGGGACAACCGGAUGAUGGAUUCCUUGAAAAAUUUUGAUCUCAGUAGUCCUGAGGUUAAACAACAAUUUGAUCAAAUUGGCCUUACACCUGAAGAAGUAAUCUCAAAAAUCAUGGCCAAUCCUGAUGUGGCCCUUGCAUUUCAAAAUCCAAGAGUUCAACAAGCCAUAAUGGAUUGUUCGCAAAACCCACUUAGUAUAGCCAAAUAUCAGAAUGACAAGGAGGUUAUGGAUGUCUUCAACAAGAUAUCAGAACUCUUCCCUGGGGUUACAGGUUCAUCAUAGUCCCGUCUCAUCAUUCAUGCACAACAGCUGUUCCCAUAGCUAAAUUCACCGGCAGAUUUCCAGUGGGUGGGGCAAUUGGCGCCUACUGGAUUCUCAGUGCUGAUAUGAAAAGCAUUCAAAAUUUUUGAUAUUCCCCCCUGUUGACUUUUUUGUGAAAUAGAGCCUAGUUUUAGUUUAAGUUGGAAAAGAUACUGAGAUAUUCUUAUAACAUAACUAAAUAAUUAGCAUUUCUUCUAUGUUAGAAUCUAUCUCCCAGAAAUGGGCGCACCUUGAUUUUAAGGUCAUUAGUUUAGCUAAAUGAAUGCAGAGAGGUAGCCAAUAAAAUAAAAUCCAUCAGAUGUACAACCAAGCUUAUGUUUAGAAGGAUAUGAUAGAACAGAACAGAACUAUAGACUAUAGAGUGUAGUAGAAGAAAUGAAAUGAGUAUUGUAUUUUAUGUUUGGUUGCAGAA